GGGAGAGAUAUUUUAAAACCACGCAGUCUUCAGAAUGUCGUACAGAAAAGGACUAGAGAAAUACCAGGAUCUGGAUGAAGAUCAGAUCCUGGGAGCACUGACUGAAGAAGAAAUCAAGAUGCUAGAGGAAGAAAUGGUGGAGCUCGAUCCAGAUAAUGCAUUGUUGCCUGCAGGAAUGAGACAGAGAGACCAGACCCAAAAAACGCCCACCGGCCCGUUUAAAAGGGACGAUCUUCUGGCGCACUUGGAGAAGCAGGCAAACAGUACCAAAGACCGAGAGGAUCUGGUUCCUUUUACAGGAGAGAAAAGAGGGAAAGCCUGGGUCCCUAAGCAGAAGGCCAUAGAUCCUGUUUUGGAGAGCGUGACUCUGGAACCAGAACUGGAAGAGGCGCUAGCAAAUGCUUCCGAUGCUGAACUUUGUGACAUUGCUGCUAUUCUUGGCAUGCACACCCUGAUGAGUAACCAGCAGUACUAUGAGGCGCUCGGAACCACAACAAUCGUCAACAAGGAAGGCCUAGACAGUAUAAUUAAGCCUACACAAUAUAAACCGGUUCCUGAUGAACCAAAUUCAACUGAUGUAGAAGAAACCUUAGAAAGAGUGAAAAACAAUGAUCCGGACCUUGAGGAGGUCAAUCUUAACAACAUUAAGGACAUUCCCAUUCCGACUUUAAAAGCCUACGCCGAAGCGCUGAAGAGUAACACCUAUGUGAAAAAGUUCAGCAUAGUUGGAACCAGAAGCAAUGACCCCGUUGCUUAUGCGCUAGCAGAAAUGUUAAAAGUCAACAGUGUCUUGAAGAGCUUGAACGUGGAAUCAAAUUUUAUUUCUGGAUCAGGAAUCCUGGCCCUCAUAGAAGCACUCCAGAACAACAAGACGCUGAUCGAGCUCAAAAUUGACAACCAGAGCCAGCUGUUGGGGAAUAAGGUGGAAAUGGAGAUCGCAAGUAUGCUAGAAAAAAACACAUAUCUUUUGAAGUUUGGGUAUCACUUCACUCAGCAAGGCCCCCGGCUUCGGGCCUCCAAUGCCAUGAUGAACAACAACGACCUUGCUCGUAUCCAGCGAUGUGGCGGCCAUUGGCAUAACACGUCGGCCCUGGAACUGGAAGAUGUCUAAUGAGGAAGAGGAGGCUGGCCGAUCUGAACGGGCCCAUCCUUCCCAAAUGCCGGACCAGCGUGUAGCCCUUGGCUAGAG